GCAUGUAACGGUAGUUAAGAGAAUUAACACGUUGUUUGACAUAUGUCAUGAAAGAUUAGGUUAGAAUUUUUAUAUUCAUUACAGUGUAUCGUUUUUGUCAAUAUUUUCUUUCAAAUUUAAUUGAUUAACGUGAUAAUUAAUGUUAAAUCAAUAUGUUUGGAAAUAAGAAACAAAGUUUACCACCUAGACCUAAUUUUCCGAAUCCUGAACAUAUAUUAGAAGAUCUUUCCAAUGCAUCAGCUGAUGAUGUUGCAUUUAAAGUUAUGAAUGAAGAUAACAUUCAAACAGAAAAUUUGUAUAUUUCGACCGAUCACAAUAAUUCUGAGGAUAUUUACAAAAAAGUAAAAAUUUAUUUAAACGUUAAAGAGCAAUUGAAACAAUUGGAAGUUAUUUUAAAGAAAGAACAGGAACAAUUGCAAAAAGAUAACGAAGAGAUAAGAGCACUUGCGGAUAGUAUCAGAAAACAAGCGCAAGCUGCUCUUAUAACGUGACAUAUAUAUAUAUUGUCGAUUAAUUACAUUCAUUUAUAAAUUAAAGAUAUGUUCCAUCAUGUCUAUCAUAUAACGUUAUUUUUUAUUAUUUAAUUAAAAAUUAUUUUCAUCUAAGCGUCAUAUUAUGUAAGCCGUAAUUUAUUGUAUACGGAAAUGUAAAUCAUUUUUACAACAUAGCAGCAUAGAAUUGUAAACAUUAUAACUAUGAAAUUGUAAAGAAAACUUCUACUGAUUAUUAUAAAUUGUGUAAAAUAUUAUAAUUAUUUUAUCAUUGUAUACAUAUGUGUGUGUAUUUUCAUAUUUAGAUAUAAUAUCACCGGUAAAUAUUGUUGUGCGAUUAUUUUAAAUAAGGCACAAUUUGUUCAUUUUAAUAUUUAUGAAAAACAUUGAUAAGUAGUAUCUCGUUAAGAUUUAAAAUAUUAUUAAUAUUUGUCUCGAAUAGUCGUUAACCCUACAAAUUUCAUUUAUAUUAUUUCUUAUCAUAUUGUAUAGAUUUUUAUAUGGCUGUCAAUUAUAUCAGAUAAAAUCUUAUUAACUUUAGAAUUUUCAUGGUCUUGUUUUUUUUUCCGUUUUAUUUAUAUUAAGUUAUAUUAAUUUUGCAAUAAAUUAAACUUAUAUUACCGUAUAAGUAUUUAUAGGUCUUUAGAAUUGUUUCUAAAAUUAUUAUAUUCAUCGUAUUUCAUAGAUCUAUCUUUUAUGAUUUUUUCUUAUCAAGUGCAAUAUUUAAAUGCAUAUCAUCAUUGUAUAUAACGUUAUAAACUACUAAUAGUUUUAUCACACUUUCUAUAUUAAAAUAUGAAGAUUUAUGUGAAUAGU